AUGCUGCCGGCAGCCUCCGCGCAGCGCGGCCCCAGCGCGCCCCGCCGGCCGCGGGACCGCGGGCAGGUGCGCCCGCCCCGCCCCGCACAGGUGCGCCAGCCCCGCCUCGCCCCGCCCCUCCCCUCACAGGUGCGGGGCCCCGCCCGGGAGCGCCCUUUGCCGGCCGGGCCGUGCUCUUCCCUACCCCCCCGGCUCCCACCCCGCUGGUUCCCACCCGGCAGGGGCAGGAAUUUCAGAGCCUUCCCCUUCUUUGGAGUUUUCCCUGCCGUGAUGACCCUGUCGCGUUCCCAGAGCCCAGCAGCGCUGCGGGGCGGUGGGGCUGCGGGAGAGCACCGACCCCCCGCCCGGCCGUGCUGCGGGGGCGGCUCCCGCGGCCGAGCCAGACGCGGGGCGCUGGGAUGCAGCAUCCCGGGGGCACGGGCCGCCGCGCCGCACGGCCCCGCUGCACCGCACCGCCGCACGGCCCCGCACCGCUCGCCAGGCGGGCAGGGGAGAGGCCCCGCCGCGCACCGGCGGCCGCUCCCGGGGGCGGGCGGCGUCGAUCCCGCCCCCCGCCCGCGGCAGCCGCCAGCAGCCCCCGGCAGCCGCCAGCGCGGCGGGCGGCGCAGGCAGGCGGCCAUCAGCCCUCCCUCCCUCUCUCCAUCCUCCCGCCCUCCCCGCCGGGCCGCGCCGCAGCCCGCGGGCGCGGCCAGGAGGCGGCGGGGCCGCGGCUUCCCCGGCUCCCCGCCCGCCUGCCAAGCGUGGGGCGGCCCGGGACUCCCCGCCUUUCCGCGGCUCUCCGUCCCCCUCCGGCGAGAUGUUAUGGCCGAGCCGACGCAGACGGGCGGCGUAGGGCAGGGCGGGCAGCGGGAGGAUGAGGCGGCGGCGGCGGCGGCGGCCGCCGUCCCCAGCUGCGAGGACUACGAGUGCAAGAUCUGCUACAACUACUUCGACCUGGAGCGGCGGGCGCCCAAGCUGCUGGAGUGCCUGCACACCUUCUGCCAGGAGUGCCUGAGCCAGCUGCACCUGCGCGCCGCGCAGCAUCCUCCCGCCGCGGGCGCCGAGCCGGGGCCGGGCCGGUCCCCCGGCGGCUCCCUGGCCUGCCCGCUCUGCCGCCACCGCACGGCGCUGCCCGACCACCGCGUCCACGGCCUCCCGGUCAACACCAAGCUGGCCGCCGCCUGCCCGCCGCAGCUGCGGGCCCGCGACCCGGUGCCGCAGGACCGGCUGCCGCCGCUGCCACCGCACCGCCCGCCCCGCGCCCGGGAGGCGGCGGCCGCGCUCGCCCCGCCGCCCCCCGCCCCCGCCGGGCCGCGCUCCUCGGGCGGCGGCUACGAGAGCUGCCAGAGCUGCAAGCGGGCGGCGCUGAGCGCCGGCUGCGUGUGCGUCGUCGUCUCCUUCCUCUCCAUGGUGGUGCUGCUCUUCACCGGCCUCAUCUUCGUCAACCAGUACGGCGGGGACGCCGCCCCGGGUGCCGCGGCAUCGCCGUCGCCGGUGGGGCCCAUCUGCCUGUCGGUGGCCAGCAUCCUCGCCCUCUUCUCGGUCGUCGUCACAUGGCUCAUCUGCUGGCUCAAGUACCGGCCCGAGGCGGCCACCGGCGGGGCCACCGCGAACGGCACCGCGCGGGGCCGGGCCCGCAGGAGCGACACGUAGCCCCGGCGGAGCCGAGCGGGGCCGAGCCGGGCCGGGCUGCCCGGCGCGGGCGGCGCGGGGCGGGCUGAGCGCGGUGCAGGGGUCCGGCGAUGCGGGGACAGCGCGGACCCUGCGCGCAGGUGCCCCGCGCUGGGUGCGGUGACCCCCGGGCGGGACGGGCCCACCCUGGUGACAGGUGUCAGUCCUGCCGCGGUGACAGGUGCCAGGCCCGACCUGAUGUCAUGGUGAGCCCUGCGGCCACGCCGGCCCCCUGGCACCGGCACAGCCCGCGGCGGUGGGGAUGGGCUGCAGGGUGACCCGGCGAGGGGUCACGGAGGGUCCGGACGCUCAGGAGGGAGGGCAGGGCUCGCCUUUCCAGCUGAGAUGCCUGGAAGGGCCUCUCUGGGGAGCUGGAGGUUGGGGGCUGACGCGCCUCCCCUCUUCUGCGGGAGCGCACCCCGGGUUCUGAGCUCCUGAUGCAGGAGGACACAAUCGAGAUUAAAGAAAACUGGCUUACUGUUGCCCCCACCUGGAAGAUAAUUGGAGAGAUUCACUGUGGUUAGGAGCAGAACAGGAUUACAAUGUUUAAUGCGCUUUGUGUUUUCCCUUUUAUGAAGUUAACAAGUACAUGUAGAAGAAGCUGUAACAGAAAUGUAUUAUCUUAAAAGAGACUGAGCCAAAGUUUCCUACAAUGUAUUGAGUACGGUUUUAUUAUAAUUUUAUUACAAGGCCAUUGAGCCCUCUGAUGGUUGCUUAAAAUAAGCUGUAUUAUUUAAUUCUUUGAAAUUUUAAUUUAAUGUGGGAGACUGAAACACUACAUUGAACACUUACAGCAAUUUAUGGAAGAUUAUUUAAUUAAUGGAGCUCUAAAAUGGAGCAAAGAGACUCCUGUGGCAGGGAGUAAUAUUUCACUGGCCAUUGAUUUCAAUUUUUACACAGUGAGAGAAGCCCACAUUAAAGUACAAACUUUCAGCAUCACUGUAAAAGUGGAAUGCAGUAGCAUAAUUUGUGAUUGAACGUUUGCCUCUGGUCGAGAUAGCUAUAAUAAGAUGGUGGUUUCCCCUCUUGGUAAGUUUCUCUUCUGUGUUGGGAGUUUCUGUAGCGGCCAGUAGAAAAUGUUUUUAUUCUAAGUUUGGAAUAUCACAGAUGUCUGUGAAAUGUGAUGAGAUGCUCAUAAGUUGAAAUGGAAAAACAUUGCCAUACAGCUGGGUUUGUAGUAUAUUAAGGAGAACACUCUAUAUAGAUACUGUUCUAUGUUGCAGGAUAAUUCAUUUGGUGCCUGAAUUUUUUUAACUUAAUUAGUUGUUAUAAUCUAUUCUAUUGGGAAUAAGAUAAUGCUACUUAUUCCGUGUUUCUACACAGUACUGUAAUGGAAUGAAGUAAUUAUUUUCGUGCUUAACAAUUCAAGAAUUUUAAAAGUGAUCUUUUAGUAUGUGUGUUUUGCAAGCUGUCUGCAUGAUAUUCUGACAAGUAUCCUCUUAAUAGACCUUUACUUGACCACUUAUAUUUAUCACAAGUGCAAAUGAAUUUACUAUGUAGAAAUGUAAAGACAGCAGGUGAAGAUGUGUGAUGUGUUUUAUGACUGCACAAGUGAUGUGUACUGUGCAUUGUCCUGAUUAUCACAAAUUUGUGAAAAACAACCCCCUGACGCCCAAGAAACCCCACAAACCCAAGCGAUGUUUAUACAAACUCUGUGACGAUGGACACAGUUUAUGGAAACAGUUUAUGAUCUUUGUGUCACGUCUAUUUAAAAAGAUCCGCACCAGCCUUUUAAAGUCGUAUAUCAUAUUAUAAAGGCCCUGUGGAGAUAAAUUACUGGGAUCAGCUGUGGCUCUGACCAUGAUUCGUGUAUUUAGACCAAUGUUUUCCAACUUGGAGUUGCUCGUUAGCUGUCUAAAAGGUUAUGCCUCCUAAAAUCAGGCCUGACCGUUAGCCCCUGUUGACUUCAGCAGUAGUUGUGAAUGUUCUGCACCAAAGAAAAUCAUGAGACUUUUAUUUAAGCAUCUAAAUGAGAGUUUAGGUGCUUGACUUCAGGUACAAAUGUUUGAAAAUUUGGGCCUUAACCUCUCUGUUCUUCAGUUAAUGCAUCUGUAAAGUUUGAUAAUUGCAUUGACCUACCUCACAGGCAAGAUGUGAGGCUUUAUUUAUUAAAGUUUUUAAGCAAUUGGAGAUCCUUGAAGAGGAGGUGCUAUAGAAGUGAAAGUAUUAUUAUAAAUGAUACUGUAGUAGGAAUAAAUAUAUGUAAAUUAAUGGACAUAAACAGCAGCAAUGUUUUCUAAGAAAAAUAAAUAUAUAAAAUAUGUACAUGUGUACAUCAUAUGCACCAAUACAUGAUUUACCUGUUUGUGCUUCUACUGCAAACGCAGCGCGCGUAUCCGCAUUUCUGUUCAACCAGGUAAGCUCCAGUCCCUUGCAGUUCAGGUGAGCCCAGCCAGCGGUCGCUGCUCCAACUCCAUCUCUUGUAGACGUGCCAGAGGUAGCUCUGAGUGCUCGUGGAGCUCAGCUGGAGCUCUCUGUGUAGUUCUUUGCUUUGGUUGCCCUGAGCUGCUCAGGUGUCACAGGUGUGCUCCUGGCACCCUGGUGAGCUCCCACCAAUGUGCAGUGUGUGCAGGAGCUGCCGGCCCACGGAAGCUGUUACUUUGCUGUGCCCUGGAAUACUGAUUACAGUAAGAAGUGUAUACUCCCAUCCAAUUCUUUCCACAUCAUAGUUUUUAUUCUUGCCUUUUCUCUGUAAACAGUAUUUGCCAUUUUGACUAAACCAAUGGUUUCAACUGGGAUCCAUGGACUACUUCUAAAGGAGCUGCGAAAGGUAAGUUAAGAAAAGCAAAUCAAUAAUCAGAAGCUUAAAUCUGUUACUUAAAACUUUAAAGUGUUUAGAGGUUGGCACAUUACAAAAAGUUGAAGAUCACAGGCCUAAACAGGAUUUUCAGCCUUAUUCACAUUGAACGAUCAUGUUACGUAUCGGGUUCCUACACAUAUAUUUGAAAAUACAUCAGAGCCAAAUUAAAAUGGGCAGUCUGACAAUAUGCCAAAUCUUUCUCUCUGCUUAUGCAAAUUUUGGGAAACUCCACUGGUUUCAAGAGUGUUAGUCUGGAUCCACAUCACAGUAUCAGUCAGAAAAAAAUCAUGCAUUGUAUACAUCUCUGGCUACUGUAGAAUCCCAGUAUUAUAUUUGUAUUUUGGGUUCCUUUGGGUGUACAGAUUGCUUGUCCAAAGCCAAACUUUGCUCAAGUUUCAGUAAAAAAAGGUUAUACAAAAAGAGAAAAA